CUUCAUUUGGGUAAUUUGCAAUGUUGUAAAGAUAAUUUUAUUCACCUUUUUAAAUGUUCACACGUGGAACUGCUUUUGAGGAAUCACUUGAGCAAUAACGAAAACUUCAACGACAGUAUAUUCAUUUCAAGAGAAGACGGUGACUUUUUUUUCAUUGUUUUCUCAUUUCAACGGCAGUUUAGUUUUUCGGCAUUACAUUAUUUUAUCAUCGGUAGAGCAAUGGGAUUGUGGGUUACAUACUGUAGGGGGUACACAACAUGGGAGGUGGAUAAUCUCUUGGAAAAGUGAUACUGACCAAUGCCCCCCCCACUCACCCCCCUUUCCAUUUGCUCAAAUUAUUCCCGGGCUUCAUGACUUCCACCUGCAACAGAGGAUGGCCCUCUGUCCGAGAUCCAGCCACCCACUGCUACUGCUGCUACUGCUGCUUCAGCAGCAACUGUUGAUGCCACUGACGGCCGCCGCCGCAGAUAGCGACCGUAGUGCCGAGCAGGAUGGGGGAAGGUGCUACACAGGCAUGCCGGGGAUCCCGGGGAAUCACGGGAUCCCGGGAAACCCGGGCCCGAUCGGUCCUCUUGGGCGAGAUGGACGGGACGGGCAUGACGGCCAGCCUGGCAAGAACGGCGAUAAAGGAGACCAGGGAGAUGAUGGCGUGAAAGGGGACAAAGGGAGCGCAGGAGAGGCCGGGUUGCCUGGAAAAUCUGGACCGAUGGGCCCCGCUGGAGAGAAAGGGGAUCGUGGACUUCAGGGUGAAAAGGGAGACAAAGGAGAAGUCCCGGCUGCCAUCCCCAGAUCCGCAUUCACCGUGGGUCUGUCUGGAUCUAACCCUCGCAGCGGCUCCCCUAUAACAUUCGGCAAGGUCACGUACAAUGAGCAGAAUCAUUACAACACGUUCACCGGCAAGUUCACUUGCCAUUUCCCGGGCGUCUAUUACUUUGACUACCAUCUCACCGGUAGCAGUGGCAGCACCCGGGUUUCCCUGAGACACAAUGGACACGCAGUUCAGUUUAGAUAUUCCUCCGUCAUGGCCUAUUACAGCUUAUCAGGCGCUUCAUUCUUGCGUUUGACAAAGGGUGAUGAAGUGUGGCUACAAACAGAAAGUUCUCACACAAAGGUUUACACAGAUUCUGGCACUGACGGCACCUUUUCAGGUUUCCUACUGUACCCCGACCUGCCCUUAUAAAACACAUUUCGUGCUCGGAACGAUUACAUACGAAUUGUCUCAAUAAUAUGAUGUAUUUUCAUAAUCACAAUGAUGAGGAAAAUUAUAUUUGAUUCGUAAAUGGUUGUUUGAAUGUUUUUUGUUGAGGAAACUUGCCACCACAGACAGAAAAGUCUAACUUCACUCGAGCUAUGUAACAGUACAUUUAACAUACCACAUAUUUAAUAAUUCGCAGACCACGAAUGGUAAACGUUUGUUAUUACCAAGGCAAUUCUGCUUCAGAGAAAGGACAAAUCUCGUAUCUGUUUCGAUAUUUUAUGAAACUUAAUGUGUCUUGAACGGUCAGAAGAGUUGGUUUUAUGUACAGGUGAAAUGGCAUGGCAUACUGAACUGAUUUUAAUGUAACAAUUUUACAAAGCACAUUUACAAAUUACAACUGUUUAAAAUUGGUAAAUGAUUAAACACAUUUUCCCACAUGUUAAGGAAACAAUAAAGCAUGUAUUCAUGCCUAUAUGUGUUCAGCACUGCUUAUUAAAGUACUGCAAGAACAACAAGAAAGGCGAGACCUCUUUUCAGUGCUUCCAUCAU